AUGGCUUCUUCUUCCUCCUCCUCGGCCCCAAUCGCCCUCGCCACCUUGGCCGUGCUGCUAGCGGCCGUCUACCUCCUCCACGCCGGCGGGGCGGCGGCGGCGGAGCUGUGCGUGGACUACUACGACGACACGUGCCCGGGCGCGUACAAGAUCGUGCAGCGUGUCCUGGUGCAGGCGCAAAGGUCGGACCCGCGCAUCUUCGCCAGCCUGAUGCGCCUCCACUUCCACGACUGCUUCGUGCAGGGCUGCGACGCCUCGCUGCUGCUGGACACCUUCGACGGCAUGGAGACGGAGAAGGACGCGACUCCCAACAAGGGCUCAGCGCGCGGCUACAACGUCGUUGACGCCGCCAAGGCCGCCCUGGAGGCCGCCUGCCCCGGCGUCGUCUCCUGCGCUGACAUCCUCGCCCUCGCCGCCGAGAUCUCGGUCGAGCUGUCCGGAGGACCCGGGUGGGGUGUGUUGCUGGGGAGGCUCGACGGCUUCACGUCCAACUUUCAGGAAGCCAGGAACUUACCAGGACCAUUCGACGGCCUGCCGCUGCUGAAGCAAAAGUUCAUGGACCUCGGGCUUGACAACACCGACCUCAUCGCCCUCUCAGGAGCCCACACUUUCGGCCGUGUGCAAUGCCAGUUCGUCACGGACCGGCUGUACAACUUCAGCGGGACGAACAGGCCCGACCCAACCCUCAACCCGGCUUACCGGGCCUUCUUGUCACAGAGAUGCCCAAGGAAUGGCAUUGGAUCGUCCCUGAAUGACUUCGACCCAAUGACUCCCGACAGGUUCGACAAGAACUACUUUACCAACCUCGAGGUGAACCGCGGUUUCCUCCAGUCAGACCAAGAACUCAAGUCAGACCCCGGUGCGGCGGGGACGACGGCACCCAUCGUCGACCCGUUUGCAGGCAGCCAAGACGCCUUCUUCAAGGCCUUCGCGCAGUCGAUGAUCAAGAUGGGGAAUCUCGGGCCGAUAACGAACCCCUCACAGGGAGAAGUACGAAACCGUUGCGCGUUUGUCAAUCAGGAUUAGAGGGGAGACCAUGUGUCAUGUGGAUACACUCUACAAGUGCGGCAUGUGAUGUGCAUGUGCUCAUGGACAUAAGGAUGAAUAAUGAAUUCGUCUCUUAUUGUCCAGCGCAAUAAUUGGUAUGUGUGUCAACCAAUGUAAACGUUUCAUGCAUGCUAGCUAUGCUUGCGUGUUCUCCGAUGUCGAAUGAAACUCAAAUUUUAUUUGCAUGU